AUGGUCGCCAUUCCUUGCCACUUCUGGUGGCUGCUCGUUUCCCUCUUGCUCGGUUGCUUUGGAGAGGCAGCAUCGCUCAGGACACUCGAGCGUCGCGAGGAUCUCAAAGAUGUUCCUCCCGCGUCAGCUUCGGGUUGGACUGUCCCUUUAAGAGGUAGCAGUACAUGCGGGCCGACUGGAUUCUGCAGUGACAGUCUCACUCCACCACCUUCCAACAAGCCUCUUUCCUACCUUGCAUUGGCCGUUGGCAUCUAUGCCUUCACGUGUGAUGGCCAGGGUCCGAGUGAAGACCCUAUGUACCAAUCACAGUCGACCCAGCUAUACAAUGCAGCACCUCUGGUCCCAAAGAUUCCCGAUGAGGAGACAUUCCACUCGCUCGUUCCACAGCUCCACCAGUUCGACUACAUGGAGCUCAAGAACUCGACGCUGGAAUGUAUGGGCACGAUUGGGACUAUCAACGAUACUGCAAUAAUCACACUUUUCGAGAUAGCCACAUUUGAGGCUCAUGCGUACGAGACAGUGCUGCCUCCUGAGGAUGAGAUAUCCAAUGGACGCUGGGCUCAUUCACGAAGUCCUGGUAAAUCAUGGGAUAUUUAUCGUGUCGAGAUGGCUGGGGGCACACCACCUACCUGCGGAGAUGCGGCGGAAAUGGUGGAAGUUAGGUAUGCGGCAGAGUAUUGGUUCUAUCACUCAGAAGGGGAAGACUUAUGGACCGACAUUGACGACCAAAACUCGGAGGACGCACAGGGGGCCUCACGAAACACAAAGCUGAUGAUAUGA